UAUUUAACAAUUUGUAACAUGCCAUAUCUUUAUGUAAAUUAAUAAAAAAAUAAUAUCGACGCCAGUUGAAGAAAGUCUUUAUUUAUCAUCGAAGUACAUAAAAGUUGAUUCACAACAAAAUGAUACGACUUUUUGACGUAACGCUUGAGGCACACGUCGAGAUGUUAGCAGAAAGAGGCCUCCUCGACAAGAUGUACAAUGCCAUCGAUAAUGGCGGCACGAGUGAGGCGGUAAUGGCCGCCCUUGAUAUUACGCGCCAAUUAAAUUUAAAACCACAGAUUAUAGAACAAAAAAAAGAUUUACAAAAAUGUCUUUUCUUUAAAAAGUUAGCUUCUUCUUUUCGAAAUGAGCGAGCAUUAAAGUAUUAUAACGCCGCACUUCUGCACAUUCCAGCCACUAUACCCGAGAACGAAAUUACUCGUAUUAUGUCCAUCAUAUAUUACCAAAGAGCCAUUCUGUCAAUGCAACUAGGAGCAACAAGUAAGAGUUUAAAGGAUUUUGAAUUAAUUUCUACUGACCAAUGUCCACCUGAUAUUCUUAGGAGUUUACAAAAUAAAUGUCAUCAAAUUGUUCCAAAAGAACUAUCAUGUAAGGCUUCAUUAACCAGCACCUUCGAUAGAAAAUAUUUUAAGUUCUCUGCAAAACGCAAUAAGUGCGUGCCCUGUGCGAGCUUAAAUAUUAGCAUAGUGAGAGAAAACGGUUUACCAAAAGUGGUUGCAGCCAAGGACAUACCAGUAGGUGAACUUGUAGCGAUUGAAACAGCUUUUGUUGCUCAACAAAAUAAAUAUAACCGGAAUAUAUCUUGUUAUAACUGCUUUACAUUUACUCCCAACCUGAUCCCGUGUGAGGGUUGUUGUUACGUUAUGUUCUGCAAUGAAUCCUGCAGGAAGCAAAGCAUGGAAGGUUGUCACAAAAUCGAAUGCCAAUUAAUGGAUAUUCUUGAAUGCGUUGCGACAACAACAAAGUGUAAAUUGUCAGUAAAGACUGCAUUGAAAAUUAAACAGAUGUCAAAGAGUUGGAAGGACGUCGUGGUAGCUUCACACAAUAUUGGCACUGACAGAAUGAUGAACAGUUCAGAUGAAGAAAUAUUUGAUUCAUACAAGCCGCAAUCAAUUCUCAGUUACAACGAUGAUAAACAUUAUGUUCACGGCAAAAUAUUCAACCAAAGCUUUGUUUUUGCAAUAAUUAUAGACAGAUUAUGUAAUAUACCGGAUUACUUUCCGACUGACGACGGCGAAAAGUUUGAGGCUAUGAAAGCUUUGGGGAGAAUAAUGCUACAUUUAUAUGUAACGUUCCCGUCUGAGUUUGAAAUAAGGAAUGUUGCAUGUGAAUACACUGCUGAACACCAGCUUGUAAAUGGUACAUUAAAACCGACAGUUCACCAUCGUGUGACCGAUAAAUUAAAUCCGAACUUUGGGAUUUUCUCUUUUGCUAGUAAGCUGAAGCAUUCCUGUGAUGCAAAUCUGUAUAAGGUUGGACUCAACAAGAAGAUUGGCUUAAUUGCUGCGAAACCUAUAAAGAAAGGAACAGAACUGACAGUGUCCUUCUUGAAUUAUUGGUUUGAACGUAUCUAUACGAAGGAGGAACGAAAUAUUUCAUUAAUUGAAAGGGGUCUAAUAUGCAAUUGUCGAUUUUGUAAUGAGAAAAGCUUUCUACCAAAUACUGAGCUCAGCGCAAAGCAAGAGAGAAUGGUACGUCAGUGGCAGACGCUCGUAUCGACUACCGAAAAUCAAGAUAGGAAGGUGUUCCAAGAGACGUGUAAUACCCUCGCAGCAUUGGACGAUGUCUCUCAUACUGUCGCAUACGCCAUAUUGUUUAAUGCAUUCAGAAAUAACAUACUGCGUUUUCAGUUUUCUAACACACAAAAUACGGUCUUUUCAGAAUAAAUUGAAAUCAAUUUAUUAAAAUACAUAUAUCAGGCAUAUAUUUAUCAACGUAUACAUUUGAAUUGUAACAUAAUCAUUAAUAGAAUAGAAUAGAAUAGAAUAGAAAUCAUUUAUUCAAAUAAACUUACAUUGAAGCACUUUUGAAAAGUCA